CGGUGGCUUCAGCCGGCCCCUCCCAGCCCCCUCUGGGAGGCCAGCUGUUCCCUCAGUGGAUUCUCUGGGGCUGGUUCAUUACCUUGGAAUACUCCUGUGACAGGAGGCGCUAGCAAAAACCCGCCUCCAGCCCCCAGCGGCAAAUAAAUAGAAGGCUCCCAGCCCAGAAGCCAGGAGAAGUUUCUAGAAGAUCAGCAUUUUUCUGAAGCUGAAAAAUAAGCUCUGAAAGCCAUCCCGCCCACCUCGCUUUGCUGUGUGACCUUGGGUAGGUGGCUCCCUCUCUCUGAGCCUCUGUUUCCCCUGAGAGCUCAGCACUCAUCAUGGCUGACGGUCAGAUGCCAUUCUCCUGCCACUACCCAAGCCGGCUGCGCCGAGACCCCUUCCGGGACUCGCCCCUCUCCUCUCGCCUGCUGGAUGAUGGCUUUGGCAUGGACCCCUUCCCCGACGACUUGACCGCCUCUUGGCCUGACUGGGCUCUGCCUCGUCUCCCCUCUGCCUGGCCCGGGACCCUGAGAUCCGGCAUGGUGCCCCGGGGGCCCACUGCCACAGCCAGGUUUGGGGUACCUGCUGAGGGCAGGAGCCCCCCACCUUUCCCUGGAGAGCCCUGGAAAGUGUGUGUCAACGUGCACAGCUUCAAGCCAGAGGAGCUGAUGGUGAAGACCAAGGACGGAUACGUGGAGGUGUCAGGUAAACACGAAGAGAAGCAGCAAGAAGGAGGCAUUGUUUCCAAGAACUUCACCAAGAAAAUCCAGCUUCCUGCAGAGGUGGAUCCUGUAACAGUGUUUGCCUCGCUCUCCCCAGAGGGGCUGCUGAUCAUCGAAGCUCCCCAAGUGCCCCCUUACUCACCAUUUGGAGAGAGCAGUUUCAACAACGAGCUUCCCCAGGACACCCAGGAAGUGACUUGUACCUGAGACCCCAGCCUUGGUCCAUCCUCCUUCCCUCCCCAACCCCAGGGCUUCCCUGAUUCUAGGGUACAUUACUUUAGCUGAACUCAGAUAUAGUGCAACUAAAAUGUUGGGGAAUAGGGGGAAGGGAAAAUGACCACAGAUUCCCUGGAUAACAUAGUAGUAGAUUUCUCCACAAGAUGACGCAAUUGGCAAACCGUGCUUGUUGCGUUAGGCCAAAGUACUGGUUUUUCUUUCUUUAUCUUUUCUAUCUUGAUGAAAGCAUUGCACAUUCUGUAGUUGCCAAACAAAGAAAUGGGGACUUAGCAUUUCAUGUUGUAUCUUACCUUGCAAGGAAUGCAAGGGUCACUUAUCUCUGGGGACCUCCGCAUUACCCAGAUCCUUGCCCUGGGCUUCCUGUUCCCAUGACUGCCUCACGGUUCCACCAAUGGAGCCCGUGGCUCAGCCCACUGUGUUUCCACAUCCCUGGCUUACAAAGGGUAAUAGACAGAUUUUGUAUUUCCUUAUGAGAUUUCUCCACCAACCAUACAAAAAUAAACACUGCCUUCUGCCCUCUGCCCAGAUGUUUACAGCAUGUCCCCAAGGUUCUCAAACAGGCCCUCCCCAAGGACUCUAGAAGCCUCUAGGUUAAUUCCCUGGCUGAGGUCCUCACCAUCUUGUGUCCCCCAUGUCCAAGUUGGGAUUUUACAGAGGGGGGUGUUUCUAGAUAGCCCUGCCAAGAGCCAAGCAGAGGCCAGGCAGCCUGGCAGACAAGCUGGUGGUGUUGUGUAUAGGGGUGUGGGACAUUUGUGUCAUUGUUGUUUGAGUUGUGCUGUUGUUUGGGGGGAACAUAGUAAAUAAUAAUUAGUAACAAUAAUAAAGGAGCUGAUGUUCUUA